GCUAAAAUGCCCCCCCCCCCCCUCCUGCGCGGGGAUGCAAUUGGUUGCAGACCGUCCCUCCUUCGGGGGGGAGGCAGGCGGUGAGGUGCCCUGGGGAGGCUGGAGGGGCGCUGACGCUGCCGGGGAGGCGGUGGGGGAAGCCCCCGGGAGCCCCGGUGGGAAAUGAGGCCGCGCUGCCGGCUGAGUGUCAUCCCUGCGCACUCCCGCCGGCCGCGGCUACUCCCGCCAUCCCUCCCUCCCUCCCGCCCCGCGCCUGUCGCCUCCCGCCGUCGCCCGGCUCUCCCGGAGCUGGGUCCCUUCUCCCUGGCACUGCCUGGCUAGGAAAAGGGGCCUGACUCAUCCCGACCGGGCUCCGGCAGAUGCCGGAGGGAGCAGCCUCAUCCCGUCGCCCUGCGCCCCUGAAGGAGGGCGGCGCUGCCCCGGACUCGGCACCUCACGCCUGGGUGGCGAGGGGCUCCUGAAAAGGCAGAUUGGCCGCCCCCGCCAUGCCCCACUUCUUGGAUUGGUUUGUUCCAGUGUAUCUGAUGAUCUCCAUUCUCAUCCUGGUGGGCUUUGGAGCUUGCAUUUACUACUUUGAGCCAGGACUCCAGGAAGCCCAUAAGUGGCGAACGCAGAGGCCAAUCAUGGAACGAGACCUUCGGAAGACACUGAUGAUUCGGGACAACCUGGCCUUCGGGGUGCCUGAGGUCUGAUGUGCUGCCUGUUGAGUCCAGAUGAGCCUCUCCUGGGUGGGCAGCAGUCUACAAGCCUUGGUAGGGAUGACAGUCCUGCCCUGCGCCAGCGGGACUGAUCAUCGCUUUGCUCUUUGCUGAUCUGGGUCUCAUACUCACCACUCACCUUUCUGCCCCUUUGCUUCUUAGGCAAGGUUUGUGUGGCAUUGUAGACUCGGGGCUUCCCACAUGCUCACAGCCCUUCGCCCAGCCAAGGACUUCUACUUCUCUCCAUGGCAGAGACUGAUGGGUCACUCAAAGUAAAGGUCCCUUGUUAAUCGCUUGAGUUUGAGCUGACUGGCACCUUGACAUGACCCUCAGUAAGAAAGGUGUCUGCAGGGGUACCAGGCUUGCGAAGAGAUACAGAGCUUUUUUACUCCUAGUCAUUGAGUUAAGUCUAACCCACUCUGCUUAAGUCUGGGGGGUGUUUUUGGGGAAAAAAAUGGGAUUUCAACGCAGAUUGUUGCUUCGCCUGAGCUCUUCACAGCACCCACCCUUGGUGCUGGGACGGUAAGCUUGCUGAAGCUCUCUGCAGAGGGACCAAGGUCUCAUCAAGCCCCAGAGACUGGGGGCACACCAGUGUGGCUAAAGGCACACCACUGCUCUGUGUCUGUUUGGGAGAUGGAGAACAUCCAUCCAUCUGUCCAUCCAUUCCAGAUGCACUACAUUAAAAUUAAAGAUCUUUAGUAAAGAGAUUUGUCCAAGUCCUGUGUCAAGCUGAGAAUAUUCGGCAGCUCUCCACGAAAAGGUGCUGCCAGAGUUAUCACAUAAGCCUCUCCCGAUCUGCCUGACCUUCUGCUCCUCUGCCACGGAGUGAGAUGGGAUAGACCGGGAGGUAGCUUGCAUUUGUUCAGUAUCCUGCACUCUGGAGUCCUAUGGCAUGGAUGGAGUCUUCUUUAACUCUCAUCCCAAUGAAAGCUCUGAAGCGUUCCUCAGCCUCCUUUCCCUGCACAUCUCUGAGAAGGGACACUGAGCCUGUUGGUGAAAUGGGCUUGUUGCACCACCUCUGCUUUCUGGACCCAAGCCGUAUAAUGUGGGUCUGGCACAAAAUCUCAUGUUUGUAGACUAUCUGCAGUUUCUGCACUGCCGCGGGGCUGAUCAGCUACGGAAGUGCUGUACGAAGGCGUGAUGCUGGGGCUAAGAGGGACAUUCACACCUUCUCCCUCCCUGCCAAUCCUGUGAAAUGCCCCGUGUGUCCAGAGAGGUUUGGGGGAGCUCUGAACCCAUGGCAGGAGGUUGUGUCAAGAGCCUCUCCUCCCCUCUCCUCCCACCCCAACACCCACCCUUUGGCUGCAGUAGGUGCAGAGGUGGUACCUGUGAGCACUCUGGGCACAGUGGGGUCCCGCGUGACCCACUCCUGCAUGUCCCAGGGGAUGUCAGCCAAUGCCACCACCCCAUGUACAUGUGUCUGCACAUCCUGUGCUGUCACCUGGGCCUGCCAGUAUUGGGGCGACCCACAUCCCCAGCAUGCUCCCCGGGUGUCAGCUCUGUGCCAUAGUCCCCGAUGGCUCCUUUGGGCAGCAGGAGUCCCUCGGGCCAGCUGCCCAAAUCUGCCACAGCUCCUGGAUGGGCUCGUGUCCCUCAGCCUCUCCUGUGAAACUGUCAGGGAGGUUUUCUCCUCCAUUCCCAAAGAGAGGAGGAGAGCGAACAGGGCCGAUUUAAGUGAGUGAUGCUACAUUGGUAAUUCUCUGGGGAUGAAAGUUAAUUUUUAUCUCUAAAAGUUUUGGCAGAGGAAGGAAUGGGUCAGAACAUCCUGUGAAUAUCCUGGGUCUUUCUGGGACGUUUAAUCCAUUCAGAUUGCAAUUGUAUCACCAUUAUCUUCCACGCCAAAACCAGGCAUGCUGGCAGGAGAUUUCUGUCUCUGUUUCAGCUGGAGGACAAGUUGUGAGUCCUUCCUUCAGCCAAAAUUCAGAGAUCGUGAUAUGAGAACCCUAACUGGGGAGUCUCACUCAGCAGGGAAAUGCAGUGAGUGGUUACUCCUGUGCCCAAAGAUACUCUCACCCUGGUGAGCAAAGGCUCAAAAUGCAGGUGCAGCCUGAAACAGGUAAAUCCCACAUAUUUUUGUGCCUUGGUGACUUGAGAGUGCGAAAGGGAAAUGCCGCGGGGCUAGACUGCAGGUUCUGACGUGCCACCCUCAGCUGCAUGGCUCACGUCCCCUGCUCUCUGGCACAACACAGCCAUAUCUCCAAGCACCAGCUUGGAAACCCACUUCCUCACCUCGACUCAGUCGUGGCUGGGACUGCACUUGGAACAGACCCCAGCUGAGCCAUGGGGUAGCAAUAAAAAGCUCUGUACUGGAGCUGAGGGGCUUGGAGCAGCCAGGGCCAGGUAAAACUGUCCCUGUGGGAAGGGAUCCUGGUUGUCGUGGUUUUGGCCGGAUUGGUGCAGGCUGCUCUGCCAUCACACUUUCUCCAAACCCACUUUCGCCUGCUGAGUCAAAAGAGAAGAGGGAAAACUACCAGCCUGGUAAAAACGAAAGGCUGGGUCUGCCACCACCACUCUCGGCCAGCUGGCAUCCACGGUGCGAUGGGGCUCUCUGCGGGUGUCCCCUCUCCCCUCCUCUGUGUCCUCCUCUGUGUCCUCCUCUGUGCUCUCUCCUGCCUCUUUUCACCUCCAUUCUGCCCAUGACUCGCUGCAAAAGCCGAGCAAAAAGAAGAUGACAAAGACAUCAGGGCUGACUAGAGAGAAAUUAGUUAUUCAUCUCCUCCAGCUUAUGUUUCACGCUGUUUAGUCCUGAUGCAAUGAGUAUUAAGCCAGGUAUUUUCCACGGGUACAAAGGACUUUACUGCCAAUGGUGUUAAAGCCCUCCCCAGUGCAAUAAAAAUGUGUGACAAACCA